GUGGGAUCACUUGUUUUAGCAUCUGAACUGGCGAUAACGCCAGAGGAAGAUCAGUCGUCGUCAGAUUUACAUCGACGAUGGCCAGAUUUUGACAAGCAUUGUGGCAUCUGAGCCGUCCGUGGCGCCACUGGCGGUUGCAGUUAGGGCUGCGUUAGCGUUGUUUGCGAGCAGCAGAGAGCUCCGAACGAAGCCUCCCUCCAGUGCUCGUGCGAGCGCUCGGUCGUUCCAGCUCCGAUUAUGAGCCUGCGCAGUUUUCUUUUUCGGGUUUAAUCGGCUGAAGAGAUCUGGUGUCGCUGUGCGUGUGGUGGCAAAGCUCUUUGGGAGACGUAUCGGACUGUCGCUGCGACGACGCCGAGUCUGCUGUGGAGGUGUCUUGAGCAUCCGGGCUUUUUAAAACUCUUAAUUUGAUAGAGAGCGUUUAAGCUAUUUUUUGCUCCGUGGAGUGAUGCCUCGAUAUGAAGAUCGAGGGGGAGGUCAAACCCGGCUUUACGUCGGUCGGCUUUCAAGCAGGACUCGCAGCCGUGAUCUUGAGGAUCUUUUCAGCAAGUACGGAAGAGUCCGAGACGUGGAUUUGAAGCACGACUUCGCCUUCGUUGAAUUUAGUGACCCCCGAGACGCCGACGAAGCUAUCCGCUACCUGAAUGGUAAAGACUUCGAAGGUAGUCGUCUGGUGGUGGAGUUUGCUAGACGGGUGAGGGACUUCGCCAUCUCCUCAUCACUGGGUCCCCGAGGACCAGGUGGAGCCCGCGAGUACCUUGGAAGAGGCCCUCCUCCGGGAACAGGACGAUGCUACAAUUGUGGAAACGAUGGACAUUGGGCCCGAGACUGCAAGGCUGGGGAUUGGCGUGACAAAUGCUACCGUUGUGGACAGCGGGGCCACAUAGAGCGUAACUGCCGAAACAGUCCUCGCCCCUUCAACAGGUAUGAGCGCAGUCGUCCUUCUCGCUCCCGUUCCCCAAUCGAUCGUUCCCGCUCCAGGUCGCCUCGUCGCGGAAGAAGUCGAAGCAGAAGCUACAGCAGAAGCCGUAGUUACAGUCCGAGAAAGACAAGCAGGAGUCCCGUCAAGGAAGAAACCCGGGGCCGCAGAAUUACGCGCAGUCGGAGCCGCAGUUUGUCUCCCGGUCUUCCACCACGGAAAGAAAGUCGAAGCCGAUCUCGGAGUCCUGUGCGUAGUCCAGUGGGAAAUGGUAGGAGCAUCAGCCGCAGCCCGCAACCAACCCGAAGAGAACCGAGUCGCAGUCCUAGUCCAAGAGAUCUCAGCCCUGCUCCGAGGAAGGACCUCAGCCCAGAGCCAGAAGCUGAUAACCAUAGUCCCAUGACAAAGGACUCACCACCCCAAAGGGAUGAGACCAGUCUUAGUCCUUCUGCCGACUGAGUUUUCUCGCCAUUGGCCCUGCUCUUUCUCAUAGGCAGGUACAGAUUUCAGACAGCAUGAGUUGUGCAUGGUACCAACGAGGGAUCUUGUGGACUGUAGAUGGUUCGAAUGAUUAUCCACGUUUGGUGUGCUGUAUUAAAGUAGUUAGUGGAUCUUCAGAACGAUUACUGUCUACAAGUUUGAUGAAUACAAUUGGACCUCGACGGGUUCUACGAGAACUAGCCACCAGUUAAUUGGAUAUUCAUUGCCUGAAAAAUGCUGUUAAGGGUGAGCAUCCAAUCCCCUCUUCAUGUUACUCCCGCGGCUCAGGUAUCCUAGAUGUCCGAGAAGGUACGCAAGUCAGUCUGCCCAGGGUCCUUGUUUUUGUGGGCCUAAGUGACUUGGCCAAAUCUUACAUAGUCAAUAGAGUAUGCACCAAGUCUAGAGCCACCAGGGAUGGAGGGCAGCUUCGUAUAUACGACAGCGGAAGCACAUAUCGGCUUGAGUAGUGCUGAGAAAUGGCACGUGCAUAUCUCUUUUGUCCUACUCUGAUGUAAAGCUUUUAAUAAACUUCCGUCCUGUUCAGGC